GGCCAUUUCUCUCUCGCAAGUGUCGAAACGUAUUUGGGAUCCUCUUCUCUGCCGCGGGAGAAGCGUUUUCGCUUGGUUCCUUUCGACCCUGACCCGUCAAUAGACGACACUCCGCCUCUAAACAAGCCCAACUUUCGGUUCCCAGACCACGUAUCGCUGCCACAAUUGCCGCAACAACUGCAUCUGCCGCCACCUCCAACGGCGUCUCCUCCGCUCUCUCACGAGUCGACCUGCUGUUCCGUGUGCCAUUUCUCCGAGGGUUCCCACUGUUCAGAGGGCGGAUGUUUGCCUUCUCCAGCCUCUCCGUAUUCCUCGACUCCGACGAAUUCACACUUUUCCUGUCUGCCGGAAUGUUCUCUGAGUCGGUCCGACCAACAGAUCGGCAAUUCCAUCCUCUUCGCUUGCCCAAUGCUUCGAGACACCUCCGAGGCUAUCUCCAGUACGGCAAGUCCCUUCUUUGAGGCGGAUGGAGGCAAGUCAGCCUUGCCAAUGCUCUCGGGAACCUCGGAUCGGCUGACCAAUUUGAUCGACAACUUCGGAGCCGGUACGCCAGACUCUUUGGCUACCAAUUUAUCGUCUCUUCGAUCCAGUUGGCCGGAUCCAGUGACCGUUGGGGGCAAUAUGAACGGCUCCAGUUGUCUCCCCAAACGGAUGUCCAGUCCGGCAGAUGUGCCUGUUACUCAUCCAAAACCGUUAUUCUCUUACGCUCAGAUGAUAAUACAAGCGAUCGUCUCGUCUCCGGAGAAACGGCUCACUCUUUCCGACAUCUACACCUUCAUCUCGAAACACUUUCCCUACUACAAGCCCAACGAGAAGGGCUGGCAAGUGAGUCGGCUAGUGGCCUGGUUGCUUCCGAUGCUUCUCUAUUUGCACAAAUCUCUUUUUUACGACAUUAAAUUGUCUUGA